AUCUUGGGAAAUGUUUCCGAGUUCCAGCGAGUCGUCAAUGUACUGCAGGAAGGGGUGGAUUUUGAUAUUGAUGUCAAUGCAUCUGUCUUUGAAACUAAUAUUCGAGUGGUGGGUGGUCUCCUCUCCGCUCACUUGCUGUCGAAGAAGGCUGGCGUUGAAGUAGAAGUGGGCUGGCCGUGCUCUGGACCUCUCCUCAGGAUGGCGGAGGAAGCAGCUCGCAAGCUCCUGCCGGCUUUUCAGACUCCAACUGGGAUGCCAUAUGGAACAGUGAACUUGCUGCACGGAGUAAACCCUGGGGAAACCCCAGUUACCUGUACUGCUGGAAUUGGUACAUUUAUAGUGGAAUUUGCCACUUUAAGCCACCUUACUGGUGACCCGGUGUUUGAGGAUGUUGCCAGGAAGGCUUUGAAGGCGCUGUGGAAAAAUCGCUCAGAUAUUGGGCUGGUUGGUAACCACAUUGAUGUGAUAACUGCCAAGUGGGUGGCCCAAGAUGCUGGCAUUGGGGCCGGAGUGGACUCCUACUUUGAAUACCUUGUUAAAGGAGCCAUUCUCCUGCAGGACAAGGAGCUGAUGUCCAUGUUUCUAGAAUAUAACAAAGCUAUCAAAAAUUACACAAAGUUUGAUGACUGGUACCUCUGGGUUCAGAUGUACAAAGGAACAGUGUCCAUGCCUGUGUUUCAGUCCCUGGAGGCCUACUGGCCAGGCCUACAGAGCCUAAUUGGGGACGUAGAUAAUGCCAUGCGAACCUUCCUCAACUAUUACACUGUCUGGAAGCAGUUUGGUGGGCUGCCUGAGUUCUACAACAUUCCCCAGGGCUAUACGGUGGACAAGAGAGAAGGAUAUCCACUCAGGCCUGAGCUGAUUGAGAGUGCAACGUAUCUGUACCGUGCUACAAGAGAUCCCACGCUCUUAGAACUGGGAAGAGACGCAGUGGAGUCAAUAGAGAAAAUCAGCAAGGUGGACUGUGGAUUUGCAACUGUCAAAGACUUGAGAGAUCACAGACUGGAUAAUCGCAUGGAAUCCUUCUUUUUGGCUGAAACAGUAAAAUACUUGUACCUGCUGUUUGACCCAGACAACUUCAUUCACAAUGAUGGAUCAGUCUUUGAUGUGGUGAUUACACCAUAUGGGGAAUGUGUCUUGAAUGCUGGAGGAUACGUCUUCAACACUGAAGCUCAUCCUAUAGACCCUGCUGCGCUGCAUUGCUGUAGGAAGCGGAAGGAAGAGCAGUGGGAGGUGGAAGACUUGAUGCGGGAAUUUUACUCACUGAAGAAAAACAAGAAAUUCACUUUAAAAAGAGUUUCUGACCAUGGUGAACGGGAAAGUGCAAAAGACCCUGAAGAUGCCUCUUCAGAAAAAGGUGGAGAGAAGAGAAACUCUAAGAAGAGCUCACACUCCCUCCUGAGUUGCCCCAGUCAAUCUUUUAACUCUAGACUUGCAGUACUGGGACAGGUCUUCCUGGAUAACACCUGAUUCUGUUUUCAUUAUCAGUUCAAAUUAUUGA